CUUUACAGACAGUGUGAGGAAAAAGAUUUUGAGAAGCUACUCACUGAUAAUGCAAAUCUGGCUGGAAUUCCAGUCACUGUUAUAAGAGAAUCACUUGGCGAAGAGUUGUUCAAAAUAUGUUAUGAAGAAGAUGAACACAUCCUUGGAGUUGUUGGGGGGAGUCUGAAAGACUUUUUAAACAGUUUCAGUACUCUUCUGAAGCAGAGCUCUCAUUGCCAAGAAGCUGGAAAAAUGGGCAGAGUUGAAGAAGUCUCAAUUUUGUGCUUGGAAAAAGAUCCCAAUUUUUUAAAUGUAUACUAUUUUUCUCCCAAAAAACCAACUACCCUCAUCCUGUCUGGCAUUAUUAAGGCAGCAGCUCUCAUUUUGUAUGACAUGGAGGUGGAAGUAAUGGUAAUGCCACCUAGCUUCUGCAAAGACAGUUCCGAGUUUAUUGAUCAACCUUAUUUGUUAUAUUCUGUGAACAUCAAAAGCACAAAGCCAUCAUUAUCACCUUGUAAACCCCAAUCUUCUCUUGUCAUUCCUACUUCUAUGUUCUGUAAGACCUUUCCUUUCCAUUGCAUGUUUGACAAGGCCAUGGAUAUUUUGCAAGUUGGCAAUGGCAUCAGGAGAUUAUUAAACAAAAGAGAAUUUCAAGCAAAGCCACAGUUUGAUGAGUGGUUUGAAAUUUUAGCUCCUAAAAUAAAUUGCACAUUUAGUGGGAUCAUGACAAUGCUGAACAUGCAGUUUACUAUAAGAGUGAGACGAGGAGACAAAGUUCUUAAAAAGUCAACAGGGGUUAUGGAUCUUAAAGGACAAAUGAUUUACAUUAUUGAGUCUAAUGCCAUUUUAUUCUUGGGAUCUCCUUGUGUGGACAGACUGGAAGAUUUUACAGGACGUGGCUUAUAUCUUUCUGAUAUUCCAAUUCAUAAUGCACUUAGGGAUGUCGUUUUAAUAGGUGAACAAGCCAGAGCUCAAGAUGGAUUGAAGAAAAGAUUAGGGAAGCUUAAAGCAACUCUUGAAAAAGCUCAUCAAGCUCUUGAAGAAGAGAAAAAAAAGACAGUUGAUCUUUUGUGCUCUAUUUUCCCCGAGGAAGUUGCGCAGCAGCUAUGGCAAGGACAAGUUGUGCAGGCCAAGAAAUUUAAUAAUGUCACAAUGCUUUUUUCUGACAUUGUAGGAUUCACUGCAAUCUGUUCUCAGUGUUCAGCCAUGCAGGUUAUCACCAUGCUUAAUGAGCUUUACACUCGCUUUGAUUAUCAGUGUGGAGAACUGGAUAUCUACAAGGUAGAAACCAUUGGAGAUGCAUAUUGUGUAGCUGGAGGCUUGCAUAAAGAAAAUGAAACCCAUGCGAUUCAGAUUGCACUAAUGGCACUUAAAAUGAUGGAUCUGUCCAAUGAAGUGAUGUCACCACAUGGGGAAUCCAUAAAGAUGCGUAUAGGACUACAUUCUGGCUCUGUUUUUGCUGGUGUGGUUGGUGUGAAAAUGCCCCGUUACUGCCUGUUUGGAAACAACGUAACACUUGCCAACAAGUUUGAAUCUUGCAGUGUCCCUAGGAAAAUAAAUGUUAGCCCCACUACCUACAGGUUGAUAAAGGAUCACCCUGGCUUCGUGUUUAUUCCUCGCUCAAGGCAAGAACUUCCUUCCAACUUUCCAAGUGAUAUACCUGGCAUCUGUUACUUUCUUGAUGCGUAUCUUCAAGGGAAAGGCACAAAGGCCUGGUUUCAGAAGAAAGGUGCUGAAGAAGAAGACAAGACAAAUUUCUUGGGGACAUCCACAGGAGUGGAUUAAAUUGUAUUUUGGAGAUAAAAUAUUGUGUGUGUGUUUAUAAUAUUUCUGAGUUUUUAUUUCCCUUUUUUAAAGAAACAUAAUAGCACUUUAGCUUAUUAAUCACUUGAAAGCCAGUAUUAAAUUUUAGAUAAAAAGGAUAUUGCAUACUAUGUGGAAUUUUUAUUGAGAUAAUAUAUUCAUUGUAUAAAAAAGAAUAGUUGAAGCAGUAACAAGACAGAGACAAUCUACCUUUGAAGAAUUCCGUCCCUCCAAGCAAUGAACUUUGAAGUCAGAUUUUGAUAAUGUGUGCUUUGCACCUGCCCCAAUUCCUAGAUUUAGAAUCGGCUUUCACAACAGUUUCUCAGCAUUCUACAGCUCUACCUGGCCUGUAUGAACAUCAGAGCAUGUACCACAGUUUUCUUCUUUUUUUAAGAGAGCAGUUUGGUGUAGUGGACAAGGUACUGGCCUGGAAGAUAGGAGGCCGAGUUCACCUCAGGCAUGAAACUGACUAGGUGACCUUGCCAGUGACUCUCGGCCUAAUUCACCUCAUGGGACAGUUGUGGGGAAAAUGGGAGGAGGAAAUACGUAUAUUCAUCACCUUGAGUUAUUUAUAAAGUAAUAG